UGUCUGAUUAUCUAGUUGCCCAAGUCUUUCUGAGGGAACUAAUCUGUGUUCACAGUUUCUGGCUUUUGCAUUUUAUCAUAAUAGAAAAAGGAUUUCUGCUUGUUAAGUUUUAUUUCAUUAAUAGGACAAAAAUGCACGGUCAUCUUGGCAAAGGGUUAAGAAAAUUAUUAAAACAAUUUGAAUAAACAAUAUGCAACAACUAUUUUUAACAGAGGAUUUGGAUAUCACAUUCUCAAAACUGUUCAUUUUGAACUUCAGAGGGACACGUUUCAGGCUGCUUCCGAAUUUGCAUCAAGAAAUAAGCUACCAAGACAUGUAGAAGAACAAAUGUUAUCGCACAUAUGUUUAAAGUUCAAAACAGAGGAACUCAAACAGCAAGAGACUAUUGAAGGCUUGCCAAAGGCUAUUCGCUCGAGCAUAGCUGAGUGUCUGUUCUAUCCCAUUGUUGAAAAAGUAUACCUUUUUCAAGGGGCCUCCUUCAAUCUCAUUUUCCAGUUGGUGAGGCUUUUAAUUCUAAGUGAUCAAUUUUAACCCUAGGCAGGUCAAAAAUAUGCAUUGUGCUGAUGAGAUCAUCGUUAAAUUAAUAGGCGACAGAAAUGCAAGCUGACUAUUUUCCACCAAAGGAAGAUGUGAUACUGCAGAAUGAAGCUCUAACAGAUCUAUAUAUAAUAGUAUCAGGAGCAGUGGUUAGUACAACUGUCUCCAUUGCACUGUAUACUUCAGUCUGUCACAUAUUUGCUUGCAGGAAUUCCCACAAUUUACGACUAUUUUUUUGGCUGACUUAUUGUUGCAGGAGAUGAGAGCAUAUGUGGAUGGAGUGGAAAAAGUAAGACACAUGGGAAGCAUACCAAUACCAUCUAAGCAUGUCAAAUAUUCAUAAUAAAAGGUUUGAUCAUUUACAAUCUUCAGGUUCAAGGGAGGCUUAUUGCAGGGGAAGUAUUUGGGGAGAUAGGAGUUCUAUGUCAUGUACCACAACCAUUCACCAUAAGAACCACUGAACUUGCACAAAUCCUCAGGCUGCAAAGUGCUGUAUUUUUCAACAUUAUUCGAGAAAGCAGACAGGAAGCAACUAUUGUCAUGAGAAAUCUUUUCCAGAAGUUAAGGCUACAUGAAAAAUUAUACCCUGGGACACUGCAAAAGGAUCCAGGAGUGCUAAUGAAGGAAUGGCUUGCCACAGGACCUCUGAACACAAAUGGGGAGCAUGCACAAGGUGGAGAUGAUUAUCAAGUUUGGAAGCUACAUACACUAGAACAGAUGGAUGAAGGAAACCUACUAUACAAGGCAGAAAAGAAUAAGGAUAUCAGCACAUUUAAUGAGCUUCCAAUUGGUCACACCAAUCCAAAAGAAAACUAUGCAGAUCAACAGAAUGGGUUCCAUAAGGCUGGAUGGGAAGUACACAACGAAAUCACCAGCAUGUUCCUCGAACGAGAUGCAAGUAUAGGAAAAGUUGAUAGUACCAGGUGGACCCAAAAUGGUAUGAUUGAGAAAUGUGAGAAAAAGGGUACAUCUGAGGUUUUAUCAAGUAAUGGAAGUAAGAAGAAAUUCACUGGAGUACAUGAACAAGGAUCUCUCAGAAUGAAAGCAUGUGAUGGUGGAAACAACUUUAAGAACCAUGGCAGCAGGGAAACGAGAUUCUGGUAUGGUUAUUCUAAUAUCAGCAAUAUGUUGAUAACUUCUUGUUCAGAAAAUGGCAGCCAUGAUUCUGAGAACAAUAUCAUGAAACUAACUAGCAAAAGAGUGAUCAUUCACAUGCAUUCUCAAAAGCAAAAUCCGGCUAGACAGAUGAUUUCCAAGAUGAUAAACUUACCUAGCACUAUGGAGGAGCUCCUCAGGAUUGGUGGUAAGUAUUUCCUUUUUACCUAAUUUAAAGAAGAGCAAAAUA